ACAGCAAAAUGUAUUCCAAAGCUAUCGUGUCCUUUGCUUUCCUAGCCAUGGCGAUCGCUGAUAUGCGAAUCGGCCACAAUAUGCCACCUGUUCAGCUGCCUCAUAUUCGUAAUUUUGAGACUCGUGUGGUUGGAGGUUCCCCAGCACCAGUUGGACAUUACAAACAUAUAGUUUCCCUUCAACAUAAAGGCUCACACUUUUGCGGCGGAUCCAUUAUAACCAAAGAUGUCGUUCUGACUGCAGGGCAUUGUGUUAACGCAAUUUCUGAUUUAAGUGAUACUACCGUCGUAGCUGGAAAGUACAAUCUUAAGACUAAAGAGUCUACCGAACAGACAGUCAAAGUGUCGAAAACAGUCGUACAUCCCAAAUAUAGAGGUGAUGUUGGCCCGAAUGACAUUGCUUUGCUUAAGCUUGCAUCUCCAUUGAAUUUGAACAAUGACGUACAGGCUAUCGCAUUACCACGAGCAAACAGUGAACCAACUGGAGUGGCAUGGCUUAGUGGAUGGGGCUCUACCUCGACUAUUAUUUUUCCAAUAAUGCCAUCUACACUUCAACAUGUUCAGAUGCAGUUCCUCGAUCACGUAGCUUGCAAAAAAGCCAUGACUAAAGUGUUGGGAUCUCCUUCUCCUGUUGAUGAAACCAAUAUAUGUACUUCGCCAGGGAAAAGACCACUUUCCGCAUGCAGCGGUGAUUCCGGCGGUCCACUUAUCUCGAUUGACGGAGGAAAACCAGUGAUUCAGGGAAUUGUAUCUUGGGGUGUUGUACCAUGUGGUAAACCAAACGCACCAUCCGUGUAUGUUAAGGUAUCUCAUUUCAUUUCUUGGAUUGAACAGAACAUCAAAAAUUGACGAUGGCAAUAUUGACGAUGUAUGAAUGUAUAAUACUGAAUAACGAAUUAUUACAUAUUAUUUAACGUGUAAAAUAAAUAUCCAGCAUACGUUAAAA